ACAUAUCCACCAAUCACUCUACCCGCAUAGCCCACCCCUAUAUAUCACGAGGGAGAACGACGAUGAUACCGUCCGUCCAGCUGCUCCUUCCUUCCAUUCCUCCACCCUUGCAUCCAUUUACUCCAAGAGACGAAUCUCACGCCUCCUUCUCCACAACAUGCUCCCCCCAUCCCUCCUCAAACCACCAACCCACCACCCACACCUCAGAAUUGUAACAUCACCACCUCACUCUCCCUCUCCCUCUACCGCACACCAUUUCCCAACCCAGACAUACAAUCUUUCAAUCCACAGACAGACAGACACAACCACAGACAUAAACACAAAAAUAUUCGCUAGUCACUCUACUCGUCUAACCCGCCCCUUUACAUCACGGGACGACACUGUUCCUCCACUCCAACACUCCAACACUCUACCCUUUCCCUCUACUCCUUCCCUCCUUUCCCCCUUCCUUCCUCCUUCCUUCCUCACAAGCACUCACAAGAACUCACAACCUUCCCCUCACAAACCCCCGGGUCCGCCCCAGAAACAAAUACCCGAGUUCCAUUCACCCACAAGAUUCACAACUCACCCUCCACCCCCCGCCGCUUUAACCCAACCUAACUCAACUUAACUCCAUAACUUACCCGACGAUCAGCAUUUAAAUGACUUAUUGUUUGUGAGGAUAGGUUACACCGUGUGCAAUAAAGAAAAAACAAUAGACAG